GACGUAAGCGCACAAACUACUUUAACAAGCCGCGGAGCCGCCAGCCGCAGCACUUCACCGAGCACUUUGAGCGGACUCCACACGCGAGUUUAACGGGGUGUUUGUUUUUCCUUCUUACCGGCGACCCCCCUGAACACCGCAGGUCCGGUAACGUUACCUCAGAAGGCUGAACCGUGACUGCUCUUCCCCGCAGCGUGCGACACGCGGAACUCUCCGCGCAGAUAUAUUCGGGUGCACGGGCUCGCGCCGCUCAUCAGCGCCCCAAUCCGCCGUUACCCCCGAGGGCAGGCGCUGACGAGGAAGGCAGGGAACGGCAUAAGUAGCGUUUAAAAUAACAACGAGUCCAUGGCUGCCCCCGCACACAGCAGCUGCGUGUGGAUGCUGGUUCUGGGCGCGUGUGUGUCGCAGGUGGUUGGAACGGAGUGCGGGAAGGAGUGCGCACUGUGCGUGUACCGUCUUCUGGGACAGCAGUCUAGUUUCUCCUCCCCGACCUGCUCACUCGAGUGCGAGGGUGGGUUGGACACCUUGAAGCUCCGCCUGUGCCGGGGCUAUCUCUUGGAGGAGGAAAACCACAUUCCUCUGAAUGCCGACCCCCGUCAACCGCAGGAACAGGAAGCAGCGGAUGCCGUGACAGCAGACGAUGAGGACGCCCCAUCACCGGAGCACCUGCUGGCAAAGAAGUAUGGUGGCUUCAUGAAGCGCUACGGAGGCUUCCUGUCUCGCCGCUCCCCCUCUCAAGAGGGGGUACUGGAGGACGAAGAAGAGAACGCUCGCCUGGAGAUCCUAAAGAUUCUCAAUGCACCGGCUGAGCACGGUGGUGAGGGCGACGGUCAGGGAGGGGAGGCGGUGAAGAGGUACGGAGGCUUCAUGCGUCGGGCCGGAGGAGGAAUGGCGCAGGGCGACCUGCUGGAGGCAGUGUUGGGCCGCGGGCUCAAGAAGCGCUACGGAGGCUUCAUGAGGCGUGUGGGCCGGCCUGAGUGGCUGGUGGACAGCAAGAGCGGGGGGAUGUUGAAAAGGGCCUGGGAGAAUGGCAGCGAGCUACAAAAGAGGUACGGGGGGUUCAUGGACUAGGACGCGACAGUUAUGACCCUUCAUCCCCCCCCCACAUCCCUCCAAUCCACCCUCUUCAACCAGUCACCUUGUAAUCUGGAUUUGUUGGUGUUUGAAUCAACUGCCCACCCCUCUGCUUUGUAUAACGUGCCGCUGCCUACUUCAUUGAUUCAAUUGCUCCUGUAAUGAUAAAAAACGAUAAACAUAUGUUGUUCUGAUGUGCACAAA